AUGUGGAGAAACAUAGCAGUUCAAUCCUUGUUCCAAAUCACAACUCUAACGAUCCUAGAAAUGAAGGGAAAAGUUUUUUUUCGCGAAUCUGAUGAAUCAGUGUUGAAAAACAUGAUCAAUAGCUGUUACGCAUUCUGUCAAGUUUUCAGUUUGAUCACAGCCAUGGUGUUGUUCAAGAAAAAGAAGACUCUUGUCCAUAAAAACUGUUUACCAGUUUUAAGUGUAGUGGGGAUGAUCAUUGUUGUUCUUGAGGUGGGGUUGAUUGAGAUCAUGGCCAUUAUUGCUCACAGGGGAAAUUUAAACUCCAAACAAUGGUGUAUCUGUAUGGGAAUCGGAGCACUCUCAGUUCCUGUAGGAUGUUUAGCAAAUUGGGUUGCUGUUGCCACAAUAUAG